AUGGAAAGGAAAUUGGUACGCGAGGACUUUAUGAGGAAGAGUUUUCGCGGGCCUAGGGUGUCUCCAGCACCGGAGGGCCAGGCUGCGACCGUCAACGGAGCCCCACCACCUUCGCCUGUCUCCUUAGCGAUGUUGGAGAGAGCUCCGCGAACUCGUACAGAGUAUGAAGUCACUUCAGCAGGGAUAGCUCCUAAAAGACUAGAGAUAAAUAGAGCGCAUCCCAUACACUUGAAAUCCUUUCAAACCGAACAAACCGAUGAUAUAGGCCCAGUACCUCCAUCGGAUGAUGUAUUACGGAAACUGGAGCGUCAAAUUGGUGAAAUGGAACGAGGUUUAGAGCGAGCUCAGAACGGAGCAGUUGAAGUAGAUGAACGAGUAAGAUAUGCAGAGCAUGAGAAUCUAUUGAGAACUGGUGUGUCAUCUGUAGGCGGUGGGGGGUAUCUACCGGCUGAUUCAGACACAGAACACGAUGUGGUUCCCUUCAAUAGAAACGAGACUACAAGAAGCAGUACGGGAGCAGCUGCACCAACACCAAGAACGACUACCAGGCUAUCCAGAACUAACUCUGACACGCAACAGCAUACUGUCGCAGCGACAGCAAGGCUCAUGAGGAAACUGGCUGACGGUGGAACCAAGGAUGAUAAGACGAAGAAUAUAACAAGGAAAGCGAUACAGGCACGAAUGGAGAGGGUCAAGAACUCGGUGGUUGGAACCAAGCAUGAGCAUAGAGUCCUCGCCGAACAUAGAGCAGAACCACCCAAAACGCCGACAUCGCCAGUCACACCGCGGUCAACUGCACAGAGCGCGUCAGAGACAUCUGCCGGAGCUGGCGGUGCAUCAUCAGGCAGUGCGAGGGUCUCCUCACGAUCGAGAGCAUCUGAAGAACCUCAUAUCGGUAAAUACAAACUUCUAAAGACGAUCGGUAAGGGUAACUUCGCUAAAGUUAAACUCGCGAAGCAUGUACCCACCGGCAAGGAGGUCGCCAUCAAGAUCAUUGACAAGACGCAGCUCAACCCGAGCAGCCUGCAGAAGCUGUUCAGGGAGGUGCGAAUAAUGAAAAUGCUGGAUCACCCGAAUAUAGUGAAACUCUUCCAAGUGAUAGAAACGGAGAAGACGCUAUACCUGGUCAUGGAAUAUGCAUCCGGAGGGGAGGUCUUCGACUACCUCGUGCUCCACGGACGUAUGAAGGAAAAGGAGGCGAGGGCCAAGUUCAGACAAAUUGUAUCCGCUGUUCAAUACUGUCACCAGAAGAGAAUUAUACACAGAGAUCUCAAGGCUGAGAAUCUUCUCCUCGACGGUGAGAUGAAUAUAAAGAUAGCUGAUUUCGGUUUCUCCAACGAGUUCACUCCAGGAGCCAAGCUCGAUACCUUCUGUGGAUCACCGCCUUACGCUGCUCCUGAACUAUUCCAAGGCAAGAAGUACGACGGUCCCGAAGUGGAUGUCUGGUCGUUGGGUGUGAUUUUGUAUACGCUAGUAUCUGGAUCAUUACCUUUCGAUGGAUCAACACUCAGAGAAUUGAGAGAGAGAGUUUUGAGAGGGAAAUACAGAAUACCGUUCUACAUGUCAACCGAUUGUGAGAAUCUGCUCAAAAAAUUUCUGGUAUUAAACCCAGCUAAGCGAGCCUCUUUAGAGAGUAUUAUGAGGGACAAAUGGAUGAACACUGGCUAUGAGGAAGAUGAGCUACGACCGUACGUGGAGCCUCAACAGGACUUUAAGGAUCACAAACGGAUAGCUCAAGUUGAGGCGCUAGUGUGCCUUGGAUACAAUCGACAAGAGAUCGAAUACUCGUUGGCUGAGGCGAAGUAUGACGACGUGUUCGCUACGUACCUACUGCUGGGGAGAAAGAGUACUGAUCCGGAGUCUGACGGCAGUAGAUCCGGUUCAUCGCUGUCUCUACGGAACGCUGCGGCACCCGCACAGGCGGCACAGCAGACGACCGCCGCACACGGAGGAUGCGCGUCUCCUUCGCACCGCGGCGUGCAGCGCAGCAUCUCGGCGAGCGCGCGGCCGGCAGCCUCGCGCCGCGCCUCCUCCGGCGCGGACGUGCUGCGCGCGCAAGUCGGUACAACAACUACUACAUCUAAUAAUACAACCUCUACAGCGACAACGACGACGUCUAAUUUUAAAAGACAGAAUACAAUCGAUUCGGCGUCUAUCAAGGAGAAUACGGCGCGGAUCGCUCAAAUGCAGGUGCAGAACACAACGCGGCCGAUAAGCGCCCAGCCUAAAUUGGAACCUCGCUCUCGUAUGAUGACCAGCGGCUCGCGGAGAUCAGAAACGCAUCAGACACACACUACACAGCAUCAAGCUACACACCAGACGGCUCCAAAGAUGUCGCCACCGCACGAUACACCGAGUGGUGAGAAUAAAAACGGGACGAACGGGACAAACGGGACGAACGGGACGGGAACUGGUAAGACGCAUGUUAAGAGCGCGUCUAUAUCAUCAUCAAGCGGACCGCCGCUUGGAGCCGAGCCCGCCACGCACAACGCCUCCGCUAGGGACCUAGCGCAGCCGAGACCCAGCCUCAAUUCAAGCCUAUCUACAGCGGGUGCUGGUAGUAACUCCGGAGCAGCAAGACGAGACUUCCCAAACCCACUCGUGUUCCCGAGGAAUGUACCAUCGAGAUCUACCUUCCAUUCUGGUCAAACCGAGCAAUAUAAAGAUUGUCAAACUAGAUCUCGAGGUGGGAGCGCCGGUGGAGCAUAUGGCGAUGGAGGUUCUCCACACCAAGCUAGACCAAGCUUCUUCUCCAAGCUAUCAUCGAGAUUCUCCAAGCGACUGUCUGUGUUGGGGGAGGCGACCGGGAGACAGAAACCUCGAAUAUUUUCCUCUCUGGACAUCCAGCGGAGGCCUAUCGACGUUACAACACCGAAGCAUGCUGUAGGGGCUAGCCCGCAAACCUUGCUUGGACAGGGUACCGAGGAGCAAGUAAAGCCGAGGGUACUCCGGUUCACUUGGAGUAUGAAGACCACCUCCUCUAGGGACCCUAACGAAAUCAUGGCUGAGAUAAGGAAGGUUUUGGACGCCAAUAAUUGUGACUACGAGCAGCGUGAGAGGUUCCUUCUGCUGUGUGUACACGGAGACCCCAACGCUGACUCACUGGUGCAGUGGGAGAUAGAGGUCUGCAAACUGCCAAGGCUGUCGCUGAACGGAGUGCGCUUCAAGAGGAUAUCUGACAAAUAG